AUGGGUCUCAAUCGUCAAAGAAAAAAUCGGAUAGCUCGCGUUCGAGGAAGGGGUGUACAUCAAAAUCCAUCUCCAAGUUCACCUCGAAAAAAUGAGCCAUCUGUCAUCACAAAUGCAGGGCGUGAUCUUAUUAUUGACGUCUUGCACCACGCAGCAAGCGGUGGAUCAGUUCCAGUUCCUGAAAAACAUUUUGAUGGUGUGUCUGGGACGCGUAUUACUUUCCAUAAAAAUUCUCCGAUGACUCCCACAGGGACGCUUCAACUUUUGUUCGAGGCACUUGGCUUUCCACGGGAUUUGGUAGCGCAAUACAUUGAGGAUAUUGUUCAAAGCUCAGAGUUGCCAAAUUUUUCAAACAUUACCGAAUUGAUGUGUGAGGAUGGUGUGCAUCAACCAUUCCUGUUGAAUUGCUGUUUCGAUUUGUUUGAUUGUAUGACGAACUUUUUUCGAGAGGAGGCUUGCACGGAUUUGACUUGUGAAGAAAAUGCGAGCUGUAUACUUGAUGAGGAAAUAGAAACUCUCAGAGAGCUAUUUAGUGACUCGUUAGUAAGUGUGAAGAGUUUCUCUGACGCGGAUUCGGAGGGUCACGAAAUCGUUUUAAACUUUUUAACCGAAGAUGAAAAGCCGAUUCUCGUUUCGAUUAGAAUUCCUGUGGAUUACCCAGCUGAGCCUCCGUCACUCUUUUUACAACCUCGGAAAGGCCACUCUAACACUUUGUUAGUGUAUCCCUCUUGCACCAAAGACCUCCCUGCGGCAGCUCGUCGGAUGGCCAUGAAUGCUGCAAUUGAGACAAUAAACGGACUCCAAGAAUCUGCUUGCCUUUUGCCACUUGUUUCAACUAUUAGAGAUGCAAUUGGAGGUAUUAUGGUUGAGGCACCUGCUGCCCCGUCAACUGCGAAUUCCAACUCAGAGAGCGUAUUGAAGAGUCAGAAAGUAGCUGAGCAGCGUAAAGCGUUUCUGGGUGCCCUCACCGAUGGGAAAAAAAGUGUUGGGGAUAAUGACGGUGAAGGAAAUUCUGUCGAAGUUUUAAUGCCUGAAAAGAUUCAGAUGCAAACAAUAGAGAGACCGACUAGUCUAGAGGAGGAACAACGGACAGAGUACCUUGUGGAGAACCCUGCCCUGAGUAACUCGUUAAAGGUUGCGUGGGAAAGGUUGCAGAAUAGAGGUUCCCUUAGCAAGGUCAGAAAGGAGCUUCCUGCUUAUCAAGCACGCGCUGCCUUAAAAGAUACGCUACGUGAUCACAACGUCGUCGUCAUCAGUGGUGAGACCGGCAGCGGUAAGACUACUCAAAUUCCCCAGUACGUGUAUGAGUUCAUGUGUGAGGAUGGGAAGGGAAGCUCAGCUAACAUUGUUUGCACGCAACCACGUCGCUUGGCGGCCACGUCGGUUGCUCUUCGUGUGGCUGAAGAGCGUGAUGAGGCUGUCGGUGGUUUGGUUGGCUAUUCCAUUCGCUUGGAAAAUUGCAUCUCUAGGCGCACACAGAUAACCUACUGCACAACCGGUGUACUCUUUCGGCGCUUGCAAACUGACAAGUUUCUUGGCUCAGUGAGUCACGUCCUGGUAGACGAAAUUCAUGAGCGCGGUGUCUACACGGACUUUCUUCUUAUCCUCCUCCGUGACUUGUUGGCUAAGCGGAAUGAUUUAAAAAUUAUUCUGAUGAGCGCAACGAUGGACUCAGAUCUCUUUGCCCGCUACUUUGGUGGAGCGCCUAUCAUUUCUAUUAAGGGAAGAACUUUCCCGGUGGAGGUGAUGCACUUGGAGGAGAUCAUUCCUGCUGUUCAUUACCACUUGGAGGACGGCUCACCCUAUGCUAAUUCAUCAGGCACUAAGGGCGCAGUAAAACGUAAUACGCGCAAAAAUGUCCUAAAUAUUGACAUGGAUGAUGCUGAAGACGAUCUGAAGCAGCUGGAGUUGCAGAAACAGCUUUCGAAAAGGGUGCAUGCGUCCGCUGCAACCCUGGACACUAUCUCUCGCAUGAAUCUCGAUAUCAUUAAUUACGAACUAAUUGAGCAUAUCGUGCGGUAUAUUGAAUUUACGAUACGGAUAGAUGGCGCAAUACUUAUUUUCUUGCCAGGUAUGGCAGAAAUUCAGCGCUGCAUGGAGCAACUUCAGUCAGAUGAGAGCCUUCGUCGUGUGUCUCUUUUUUACAACUUGCACAGCUCACUUGCCUCUUCGGAGCAGCAGGGUGUCUUCCGGCGACCUCCACCUGGGAAGCGAAAGGUUAUUCUUGGCACCAAUAUUAUGGAGACUUCGAUUACUAUAGACGAUGCUGUAUUUGUCAUCGAUACUGGGAAAGUCAAGGAGAACCGCUACAACCCCCGAAAGAGCCUUUCAGAGCUCGUGACAGUAAACGUUUCCAAAGCCAACUGCCGCCAACGACAGGGCCGUGCGGGACGCGUGCGGGAGGGGUUCUGUUUUCGACUCUUCACAAAGGAGCAGUUUGAAUCAUUUGCGGAUCAUCAACUAUGCGAAAUGCACAGAGUGCCGCUUGAAAGCCUUGUAUUGCAGAUUUAUGCUCUACACUUGGGCAAUGAAGUGGAGUACCUGCAAAAAGCACUUACUCCACCUGAAGAGAGGGCUAUCCAUAGCAGUGUUAAGGUGCUCACCACGCUGGGUGCACUUACGGCAGAGAAGCGACUCACUUCGCUUGGUCAGCACCUCGCCAACUUGCCGCUGGAUGUACGUGUAGGCAAGAUGAUUAUACACAGUGCAUUGCUCCAGUGCCUCGACCCAGUUCUUACCAUUGCGGCCUGUUUAGCAACGCGAUCGCCCUUUAUUGCUUCGAUAGAUUUUCGCCGUGAAGUCGAGGCCAUCCGCCGUGCAUUUGCAGGCGAGCAGGCAUCCGAUCAUCUCUCUUCGUGGUACGCGUACCGGCAAUGGGUGUCUGCGCUAAUUCAAGAUGGUGCGGUGGCUGCGCGGAGUGUGUGCACCAAGUCUUUCCUUUCAUCUACCUCUCUAACGCAGAUUCAACUCACUAAAAAACAAUAUGAGCGUUAUUUAUACGAAGCAGGAUUUUUGGAUGAGGGCCACGGGGCCAAUCGAAAACUUUCGAAUGGGAAAUUUCUUUUCCCACCUUUUGUUACGCUAGACAAUCAAGUGUACGAGGCCGGAGGGGAUAAGUUCAAUACUAAUUCUUCCAGUGUGCAGUGCAUUUUGGCAUGCCUCGUUGCGGGGCUCUAUCCCAACGUCGCUUUUCUCAAUCGAGCGAACGGGCAGCAUGCUCGCAAAAAGUCGUCACCGCCAUUUUUUACCACAUUUGACGGCUCCCAAUGUCUCAUCCACCCCUCUAGUGUGAUCCGAAAGGAGCAAAGUUUUCCUUCACAGCUAGUGGUUUACGUCGAUAAGAUCAAGACGUCAAGCACGUUUUUACGCGAAGUUUCUUUUGUGUCGCCGCUGCAAGUCAUCUUUUUUUGCGGCGGUGCACUGGAGUACUUGCCCAAGUACGAGAAGCUCUGCUUGGAUGAGUUGACGGCUUUUCACUGUAAUAGCAAGGAUGCCGAGUUGUUGAAGCACCUCAAGGACCAGUUAGAUUCGGCCCUUACUAUUAAAAUUAACGACCCAUUAAAGACUUGGGACUCGGUCAGUAGCGUUGUGGUCCGGGCUAUUGUGCGCCUGCUCAAAGACACGGGUUCCAGCAUGCGUGGGAUUACCGUUGUCGACCGCCACCAGCCCCGGGCCCCAUUGACAGCAACGCUAGCGCCACAGGAGGAAGUUCAGAAUCAGCCAGCGGCUAUCAUCGUUCCGGAAGAUCAGCCAUUUAAAACGAAUAAGUCUUGCUAUAUCUGCGGUGACACAGGCCAUGUCUCAAGAUAUUGCCCUAACCAUCCGUCCCCAAAAAAAGGUGGACCUCCUGUAAGAUGCUUCAUCUGUGGGCAGUGGCAUUAUCCACAAGACUGUACGUUAGUUUUGCCUCUAAAAAUCUAG